AUGAACACCGAUAGCUCUUUAGUCAUUGUAGGCGCAGGCGUGUUUGGCCUGUCAACAGCACUAGAAUUAACUCGCAAAGGGUAUAAAAAUGUCACGAUUGUAGAUCGACACGUACCCCCAGUACCAGACGGCUCCAGUGUCGACAUCUCACGUGUGAUUCGGUUCGAUUAUCGCGAUCCAGUAUAUGCUAGGCUUGCAAAAGAAGCAUUUGAUGUGUGGUGUGCCCAUCCGAAGUUUCGCGGAAUAUUCUACCAUGGCCCAAAUGCUUUCAUUGCAAGCAAAGCUUAUGGGCGGACACACCUCGAGAAAUGCACAGAUGCGCUUGACGGGCUCGGCCAGACGUGGAAAGCAAUGCCAAACCAAGAAGCUAUCAAAGCCAUGUUCCCCAUUCUAUACGGCGAUACCAUCAACUCAUCCCUCUCCGGAUACUGCAAUUCAAGCUCCGGCUGGGCCGACGCUCAGAAGGCGAUUGCCCUCCUUCGUAAUGAGUGUAUUGAGGGCGGUGUGUCGUUUAUCUGUGGUAAAAAGGGCACUAUUGCUAAUUUCAAGGUCGACGAAAAAACAAGCAGGAUUAUUGCCGCACAAACAGAGAGUGGUAAUGAGAUACAAGGAGACUACUUCAUCCUCUCUGCUGGCGCAUGGUCGCCAAUGCUAGCACCUAUGUACAACUCGACAAUUUCCACAGCACAAGUCUUGGCUUUCAUCAAUCUAUCAGAAUCUGAGAUGAACACCUACAAAGACCUGCCACUAUAUAUAGACUAUGACUCAGGGUGGUUCUGCUUUCCGCCCCACCCCGAGGCUCGAGUGCUGAAAGUUGCCGUCCAUGGUUGGGGCUACACUCGGAGGACCAGUCGCACCUACCUUUCUCUUCCGCCUACAGCCAUCCGAAGCAAGCGCACCGAUUUUGCGCCUGUGGACGGUAUAGCAAGACUACGUUCAGGUCUAAAAACGAUUCUUCCGUCUCUCGCAGACCGCAGAUUUGACCGCGUUGCAGUGUGUUGGUACAACGAUACACCCACCGGCAACUUCAUCAUUGCUUACCAUCCGGACCACUCGAAUUUAUUCCUUGCUACCGCCGGAAGUGGCCAUGCAUUCAAAUUUCUUCCUGUGUUGGGCAAGUAUGUAGUGCAAGGACUCGAACGCACACUGUCGACAGACUUGAAAAGCCAAUGGCGUUUCAGGACAGAGUACAAAGACCAAGAGAAAGAGUUUUAUGGCGAUGGGAGUCGUGGAGGGCCAGCACGGCGCGAAUUCACACCGCAGGAAAAGGCACUGUUAUGA